CACAUAGCCAAACUCGUAGGCAUGCCUCGCAACUCACGUCAUGUCGGCCAAGCCCUAAAGUUCCUCUCGCCCGACGCAACACCGCCCGUGCCCUGGCAACGCGUACUCGGGUCCUCCGGUGCGAUCUCUUCGCGUGGACCAGGAACCAAUGGGGCGCAGAGGCAGCGCGAGGCGCUCGAGGCGGAGGGCGUCGAGGUCAUCCAGACGCAGGGCGGGGAACUACGCGUCAAUCUCAGGGAGUACGGAUGGUUUCCGGAUGUUGGGACGGUUGAUACUGGUGUUGAGAAUGAGGAUGAAGAGUAUGCAGAAGAAGGCGACGGCGAAGAGGACGAAGAUGCAGAACUUGAAGAGGGGAGGGAGCACGGGAUGGAUGAAGACGAGGCAGAGCGAGAGGCGGAGAGAUGA